CGUCGCCGCUGCGGGUGAACUCGGCGUUCGCCGCGCGGUACAGCCGCUACCGCGAGCGCGAGGAACUGCAGCAGUUGAAGGAUCGCUACGGGGACCGGGACAGCGGUGGAGACUCCAGCUCUGAGUCUGACUCCAGUGACGACCGUGUGGUGCGCUUUCCAGACCCCGUGCCCUUCUUGAAUGUACCGAGGUGUCCAAGCCUCACAAACCCCGACCCCGACGUACAAGGAGCGGCUAACCGGGAUCCGGCGCCUUCCUUGGCAGAGUCCAAGCCCCGCCCCCAUCUCUUGGGGACUGACAUCACCCUCUGCCUCCUUAGGGAUGUCCUAAACACUCUGUUCCCUCCCCUGCCACGGAUUCACCCGCCCACCCUGAUGUAUUGGAAGACACCUCAGUACCCCAGGAGUCUCGGUUCUUCCCCACUUCACUCCUAAAAAUCUAACCAUGUUUCAUUAUAUUGCUCCUUGAGCCACGAGAGGUGCCUAACUUUUGCCCACGUCGGCCCUUAGGUUCUGCCCAGCCCUACUGUGCAGUCCCGCCCACCUGCCCAUGACAGUCCCUUGUCUUCUCAGGGAAGUGCACUCUCUUGCCCCCUUCUUUCCUCUGCCCAUACCUGUGGCCCGCCUCUACCUACCCACAAACGGGCAGACCAUCCUCCUACCUGCCUUUCUGCAGAGGGAUUCCUGAUUACUGCACCCUCUCAGCCCACCUGCCUGAGUCACCAGUGCCCACCAGGGCUCUUACUGCCUUGCUUCUGAAAUCUGUCCCCACCCCUUUUCCUGCUCUAGGAAUUUGACCCCCAGGAGGAGCAUGACUUUUACAGGACACUCUCCUUGUUGAAGAAGAAGGACCCCCGUAUUUAUCAGGAAGAUGCCACCUUUUAUCAGAGACCAGCGAGGGGGCUUGUGCAUAAUGGCAAGUGUCUCCUGGUGGCCUUACAGCGUCAUCUUCAGAGAGCCAGGAAGAGCCAGAAGCCUCAGAGAAACAGAAGAAAGUUCGGCCCAUGUACUUGAAGGACUACAAGAGGAAGGUUAUUCUGGAGAAAGAAGGCAAAUACAUUGAUGAGGACAAUUCAGAUGGGGAAGCUUCUGAUCAGAGAUUGCAGGAAACCUCAUCACAAAGUUACGUGGAAGAACAGAAACAGCUCAAGGAAAGCUUCCGGGCAUUUGUGGAGGACAGUGAGGAUGAGGAUAGUGCUGGGGAAGGUAGCUCUGUGUUGCUUCAGAAACAUGCUAAAAAUAGUGAAGAGAAGGCCCAGGAAGAGGCCGACUAUAUCAAGUGGCUGAAGGGACAGAAAGGGAUUCAGAACCCUAAAUCCUUGAAGGAACUGACCCAUCUUAAGGAAUAUUGGAAUGACCCAGAGCUGGAGGAAGGGGAGCAAUUCCUGAGGGAUUAUAUCCUCAACAAACGCUAUGAGGAGGAGGGAGAUGAGAAUGAAAAAGAAGAGGAAGAGAAGGAGGAGAAAGGAGUCACUGGACCCCCAGUCCAGCUAUCUGUGGAUGAUUCCUCUGAUGAAGGGGAGCUGUUUCUGAAAAAGCAGGAAGACUUUGAGCACAAGUACAACUUCCGCUUCCAAGAGCCUGACUCAGCCUCGGUCAAGACCUACCCACGUAGCAUCACAUCCUCUGUUCGGCGCAAGGAUGAACGCAGGAAGGAGAAGAGGGAAGAGACUCAGGAGCGGAAGAGGAGGGAGAAAGCAAAGAAGCAAGAGGAGCUCAAACAACUGAAGAACCUGAAGAGGAAGGAGAUUCUAGCCAAGUUGGAGAAACUGCGCAAGGUCACAGGCAACUCAACACUGGGCUUUGAGGAGGGAGACCUUGAGGAUGACUUUGACCCUGCUCAGCACGACCAGCUCAUGCAGAAAUGCUUUGGUGAUGAGUACUAUGGCACUGCAGAGGAGGAGAAGCCACAAUUUGAGGAGGAGGAAGGGAUUGAAGAUGACUGGAACUGGGACACAUGGGAUGGACCAGAGCAAGAUGGAACAUGGAGUCAGCAGGAGCCUCACUGUGAGGACCCCGACUUCAAUAUGGACGCUGACUACGACCUCAGCCAGCAGAAGCAUGAGGCGCCCUUGAUGGGCAAGAAGAAGCGCAAGUCCCCCUUCGCUGCGGUAGUGGGGCAGGAAAAGCCUAUGUUCGACCCUGGGGACAAGACGUUUGAGGAGUACCUGAAUGACUAUUACCGGCUGGACUACGAGGACAUCAUCGAUGACCUGCCCUGUCGCUUCAAGUACCGCAACGUGGUGCCCUGUGACUUUGGGCUCAGCACUGAAGAGAUCCUUGCUGCCAAUGACAAAGAGCUGAACCGGUGGUGCUCUCUGAAGAAGACCUGCAUGUACAGGUCAGAGCAGGAGGAGCUGCAGGACAAGAGAACUUACAGACGGAAGGCUCAGAACUCCUGGAAAAAGCAGCAGAUCUUCAAGUCUCUCUGUUCAGAGACAGAGAUACCCACAGAAGCCACAAGGAAGCCACAGAGAAACAAAGCUGUCCCUCAGGAGCAGCUACCAGUGCCUGAUGUGUCAUAUGGGAAGCAGCCCCAGCCCAAGAGCCCCCCAGCACAGGAAGAGGACGCCCCUGUGUCACUCACCCAGGAGCCAGCCCCCAAGAAACAGAAGAGGGGCAAGAGGGCAAGGCUGCUGGGCUCUACAGUGACACUUGGUGGGCAUGAGUUCAGCUGCCAGAGACUGCAGGCAUUUGGGCUCAACCCCAAACGACUGCACUUUCGACAGCUGGGCCGGCAGCGGAGGAAGCAGUAG